AUGGAGAUCCUCGUUCAUGUUUCUGCCCCCAGCACUGGCCGGGACGAUGCACAAUACCGCGCCCAGGUCGCUGGCAUCCUGGGCCUUGGGCCCCUGCCGUGGCUGGUGGCAGAAACGGCGCCCACGCAGCUAUCCGACCCGGAUGCUGGAGAGUCGCUUGCUUAUAGAACGGAAGAUGUGGACCGUCCGAAUCUGGACUCUGCCUCGGUCAACUUCAGCCCCGAAUGGGCUGAAUCGCAUGAAUCGCAUGAUGCGCAUGCGUUUGUAUGGCCCCGUCCGUCUUUAGCCCUAAUCCACCAGCCCCUCAAUCCCCUGAGCGGGGGAGCGAUCGGGGCUAGCCCAGUGCCUGGCGAUUCAGCCCAUUCGGUCGAGAGCCUAGUCAGCGUGGUUCCUGACUCUCAGCCAGGUCCUGAUUCGGAGUCUUAUCAGGCCAAUGCGCGUCCACGUUUGCCAUCGCAGGAUGCAGACGCACCCGCAGCUAAACGGCCUCGGGUCGAUCCGAAGCCCCCGACCGGCCAGCCUAGCCAGACGGUAAACGCUCCGGAACAAGUUCAGCUUCCUGCCAAUGCACCACGCUCUGAAGAGCAUGGUGCAUCUGGGGAAGCUCCUGAAGCUACGACUGCCGUGGUCACAUCAUCCACAAUCGAGCAUUCUGGCAUCACCGCCUCUUCUCGCAAUCAACAUGAAACUACCAACCCGUGCCGCCUCACUAACCCUCUCCAAUCCCUGUCGCUGCCUCUAGAGAUCCGUCCCCCUCCACCACCCAUCUCCACCGGGCCCUUCACUACCCACAUCACCCCGACUCUGUCCAUGCUCACUGAGCGCCUAAAGCCUCAAAAAACAUACAAACCACUCCACCAGACUCGCCCCCUGGAUGCGCUCGAACGCGGCUACUGGUCAUUGCAGAUCAAUCUCGUCGCCGAUACGGAUCCUCCCCACGAAAGCACCCGCGCCGCUCCUGUAGAGUAUGGAUCAGGCCCUGCAAGACGGGAGCUGAAGAAGGGCCGGGCCUGGAGCGCGGACUCUUUCCUGCGCUUCUGGACCUUUCUCACCCAGUUUGUGGGGAAAGACGCUCGUGCGGGCUGGGGCGUGUGGUGCGUUCUCGAGAGGGAUGGUGCCUCUGCUCCCGCGCCUCGGUCCGCGUUGCCUCUUCUGCUCAAAGUUUAUGCAUGGGGUGAGACAGCCAUGCAGGUCUGGCUGCUCCUGUUCUUAGCCAGUGAGCGCCGGGUACGCGAUAUGGGUGCUCAGUGGAAGGAUUCGCGCGAGGAGGUGGUCAUUCAAAUGCCGUGA